AUGGAGGAGAAUUUCCACGUUACUGAGUUGAGCUCCUAUCGCGCUCGAGUAGUGUUCAUCGUUACUAUUUUAUUCUUGGUUACCUCUACUGCUUCUAUCAUUCUUCGCUUGAUGGCGAAGAGAGUUAAUAAAGCAAACUUGACAGCGGACGAUUAUGCAAUAUUAGUUGCUCAGGUUGUAAACUAUGGGCAUGCAGCGUUGGUAAUGCUAGAAGCGUUAUUUAGCGCCAAUAUUGGACAUCACGCUGAUACUAUUCCAUCCUCUGGUCCCCCAACUUUUUUCAAGCUUCUACUGCCUUUGCAAAUUAUCUACGGCUUGAUCCUGGGUUUGAUCAAACUUUCAAUCUGUCUAUUCUACAACCGUAUAUUCUUUACCAAGAGAUUUCGGGUUGCUUCUUGGGCAGUUAUUGAUUUAAUUGCCGCCUGGACUAUAGGAUCUGUCUUAGCUCCAAUAUUAAUAUGCCGUCCUAUUGCAUACAACUGGGACCGCAAAAUCAAAGAUGGGAAAUGCAGCAACCAAACGACAUCAUUCAUUACUAUCGGUGUUUUUGACCUGCUCAUUGAUAUUGCCGUCUUCGCGCUACCUUUGCAAAUGAUCUGGAAUUUGCAGGUCUCCACAGGAAAGAAGGCAGCGCUCUUUUCAAUUUUUGGACUUGGAAUCAGCACCAUGAUCUUAAGUAUCCUCCGUAUUCAAGCACUAGUUACAUUAGAUCUAAGCGACGUCACGUAUACAGCCACCUUUCCCCUACUCUAUGCUUUCCUGGAACCAGCAAUUGGAAUCACAGUUGCCUGUGCGCCGCUCUUCGGACCAUUGGUCAAAACCAGUAGAUUUGGAAGGUUCUUCUCUCAGAGCGGGAAGACCCACGAGUACAACUUGUCCUCAAAUUUCGAGCGGAUGACGGAACAUGAUCACGAAUUGAACGACUUCCGGCCACAAGUAACAACCAUGAUCACAACCGAAGGCAAAAAGCCACCGCAUGUACUAAAAAGAAGCACCGCCUUUUUUGAUGACGGA